AUCGAAGUACAUUUGCAAUGUUCGCGUUAGCCGUCCUCGCAGGAAUCAUCCUGCUGUGGUACUUUCGAAUCAACCAAAAGUACCAAUACUUCAAAACCCGUGGCAUUCCCUUCGUGAAGCCUACGUUCCUGCUGGGAAGUGGCGCACCGCUUCUGCUCAAGAAGAAGGACAUACUCCAGCACGUUAGGGAUAUAUACCAAACACACCCGACAGCAAAAAUCAUCGGCCUGUUCGACUUCACGUCGCCGGUUUGGAUGGUGCGCGAUCCGGACGCGAUCAAGCAGAUGGGAGUGAAGGACUUCGAUCACUUCAGUGAUCAUACGCCGAUCUACACGCGAGGGGACGUGGAGGACAUAGGAACGGAAAGUCUGUUCGGGAACUCGCUGCUACUGCUACGGGGACAGAAGUGGCGCGAUAUGCGGGCAACGCUGAGUCCGGCCUUCACCGGGAGUAAGCUGCGGCACAUGUUCGAGCUGAUAUCGGAGUGCUCCCAAUCGAUGGUGGAGUUCUUCCGCGAGGAGGCGAAGGCCGGGAAGCGUUUGGAGUACGAGAUGAAGGAUGUGUUUUCCCGAUUCAGUAACGACGUGAUCGCUUCGGUGGCGUUUGGGAUCAAGGUGGAUUCGCUGCGGGAGCGAGAGAACGAGUUCUUCGUGAAGGGAAAGGAGCUGAUGAAUUUCCAGAACAUGAAGACGGUGGUGAAGGUAUUGUUGAUGAGGAUGUCACCAAGGUUGAUGAUCAAGUUGAAGAUGGACAUAUCCAGUGCGGAGAUGAAUGCAUAUUUCAGGGGCAUGAUCAUGGAUAACAUGAAGCAGCGACAGCAGCACGGAAUUGUGCGAAACGACAUGAUCAACAUUCUGAUGCAGGUGAGACGGGGAGAAAUUGAGCAUCAGAAGGAGGAACAGGCGAGCACGGAGGCUGGGUUCGCAGUGGUUGGAGAGUCCAGUAUUGGCAAAAGUUCUCACAACCGCGUUUGGUCUGACAAUGAACUGGCAGCGCAGUGUUUCCUGUUCUUCAUUGCCGGAUCGGAUACCGUUUCGACGUGCCUUACAUUCGUUAGCUACGAGCUUCUCAUCAACCCGGAUAUUCAGGACAAACUGUACCAGGAGAUCGUGGCGGUUGAUCGAUCGCUGGAUGGUAAACCGGUUAGCUACGAAGCACUUCAGAAGAUGCAAUACAUGGACAUGGUAGUUUCCGAGUCUCUUCGCCUAUGGCCUCCGGCUCCGUUCGUUGAUCGGUUCUGCGUUAAGGAUUAUCUGUACAAUGAUGAACAAGGCACACGGGUACAGAUCCAUAAAAAUCAACUCGUGUGGUUCCCAACGACUGCCCUUCACCAUGAUCCUAAAUACUAUCCGGAUCCGUUCAAAUUCGAUCCUGAACGAUUUAGCGAGGAAAAUCGAGACAAGAUUCGACCGGGGACUUAUCUACCGUUCGGCGUGGGUCCUCGGGCCUGCAUCGGAUCCCGGUUUGCACUGUUGGAGGUGAAAGUGAUCUUGUACAAUCUGCUGCGGCACUUUACCCUGGUGAGAAGCGAGCAAACGAAGGUUCCUCUGAAGCUGGAAAGCAAAAUGAUUGGAAUUAAGAUUGCCGGAGGAGUCUGGCUGGAAUUUAAACCUAGGGAGUAACAUAUCGAAUAAGCUUUACUGGUAAGA